UUGAGCAUGUCAUGUAUGAGCUGCACUGUCAUCUAAAACCACCGAAGCUGCCUGAAGAGUUUAUUUUAGUUACGCUGGGCAACCUGUCAUCAGCCUAUGCACGUAAGUGUAUCCCUUUUGUGAGAGUGACCCUGAACACCAUGUUCUCCAUGCUGGAGUUCGUCAAGGACGGCAGGCUGAGACAAGCAUUUUGCGGUGUUCUGGAACAAUGGUCAAGGGCAGUACGUCUCUUUUUGGCUAACUGGGAAAAGUGCUCAUUCCCCAAAGUGGGCCAAUUGCGACUCUGCAAUCAUUUUCUUCCCGUCUACACUCAUGUGACCAGCAACUGGCUGACCUGUGAGGAGCCAGAGCUCAAGCAGGCUAUCAUCAAAGCCCUUGGUCCCAUGAUGAGCCUCCUGCUACACAAAGAGGAGUAUCAAGAUCAGAUAUUUGAACACCUCUCAUGGCUCCUUGAGCAAUAUAACGAAAACACUGAUGUUUUUCACGUCACCAAGAGUCUGAGCCAGCUCUUGGAGGUCUCUGGUGAAUAUAAGAUCCCUCUCCCUGACGGGAAGUUUCAAGCCAUCUGCAGUGCUCUGCAUAACCAGAUCUGUUCUCAAGCUAGGCCGCUCAGCAUGGAAAAUCACACAGAGCUGGUCCAUUGUGUAGUUCAACUAGCCCGUUCUUCUCCAGAGGAUCUGAUAGCCUUUCUGCACUCACAGCUGAAGAUUAAGAAUGAGGCUGUUUGUGUGACCUCUUUGAAGCUGCUCAGAGCUAUUGUUGAUGCUGACUUGCCCGAGACAAGACCGAAAAAGUGUCUGAUUGUGAAGGCAGUGAAAUCCACUUUCAGUGAUCAGAAUGCUACGGUGAGGAAGGCAGUUCUUCAUUUCAUCCAGAGGCUGCUCAGCUUACAAAGUGUGGAGAACUGUGCAGCUUGGGAUAUGGUAGCACAUGUUUUCACGGAGUUCAGUGUGUCCACCAGCAAACUGGCUAUUCCGGAAGAAAACACGAUCCAAACCCUGUGCACUGACAUCCUGCAAUGUCUGGACACCUCGGUCACUGGAAUGACCCAAGUGUUAUGGCCAAGGCUUCUCGAAUAUGUGGUGCCAGUUCAGUACACUGGUACUUUGAAGCCUCUCUGCAGAUGCCUUAGGGAGCUGGCUGAGAAAAAGCAGCAGGAAGGAGAAGAAGCUGCUUGCCUUGACUACGGUGGACCAGUGAAACUCCCUACACCCCAGGGGCUGCUGGCACGACUCCUGGUAGUAGCCUCGUCCCCUUAUGCAGGAGAAGGACACGGAUGUGCUGCCUUGCAGUUACUACAGGCCCUGCACCAAAAUAUCCAUGUAGCAGUGGGUGAGAUGUGGGGAGUAAAGAUCCCAUCUCUGCUGCAGUACAUUGAAGGAAACACAGAGAAUUCCCUGGACCACGCGCGGUGGGAGCAGAUGCUGCUUCAGUUCCUAAGAACAUCUCUGGGGAUGAUAGACGACAGUGCCUGGAGCAGCCAGAUAAGCCUUGAGUUGAACCAGCAGAUGGCCAGCUAUGCCAGCCCCUCCCUUGAGAAGAGUUUCCUGUAUAAGGCGCUAGGAACGUCCUUAGCAGUUUGCCAGGACCUGGUCCAUGUUAAAUCCCAGCUUCAUCAAUUUUUGACAGCAACAGAUUAUAUGGAAGCCCCUGAGAGACAGGGAGUCAUUUCCAUCCUCGCACUCUCUGCUGAGAGCCACUUGGACCUCACCCUGAACGCACUUCAGGAGUUUGGGGCUACAGUGAGCAAGGUUACGAUUCCUGGGUUCAUCAGCCGCCUGAAGGACUACCACCAUGGGAGAAGAGGCCAGACUCGCAGCACCCUGAUGCUGACCUACAGCAGCGUGGCUGUCCAUGCUCCAAAAGAACAGCUUCUCUCCCGAGUAGAGGCAGACAUCACAAAGAACAUCCUUCUCCAUUACAGAGCCAGUUGUCAGGUGCUGGGCAUCACUGUUGCGAACAAGGACAUGAACCUAAAAUUAACCCUCAUCCAGAAUGUCAUGGAGAUUAGCUGUGCCAUCUUGGAGACCAGAGACUCCCAAGAGUUCGAAUUCUCAUACAAACUGGAGCUCCUUGGCUACAUGUUGGACUUCAUUAAAAUGGAACCACUGGAUUCCCUGACAUCUCCAGUUCGCUACCAGGCAGUUCUUGCCAUUGGACAUCUGAGCAAGCUCAAACCAUCUCUGACCAUGGAGGAAAACCGUGAGCUCCUUGGUCAGUGCUUCAAAAGUUUAUUUCCCCUUCCUCCCUUGGAGAAGAUGAAAGAGGAAGACGGGACAGCAAAGGAUGCUCUGCAUAUACAAUCACUCUACGUGAGGUCCUUGGAAGCCCUUGGCAAGCUAGUGGAGACUUUGCUGGAGGAAGAACCAACCGCAGACUGGUUCCAGGAAAUGUUUGAACUCCUAAGGACAUGGUUCAGUUCGGGGAAGGAGUGGGAGAGAGAACGGGCCUUGCAGGCCAGCACCCAGCUGCUGACUGCCUAUCGAGAGACAGUUCACAGCACAUAUGAUCCCGAGCUUUCGUCACGGCAGUUUGGGGUUGAGCUCUCCCGACUGACCAAUGAGGAGCGAGCGGUGCCACUGGUGGUGGAGAAGCUCAUAAACUACAUUGAAAUGCAUGGAUUGUACACCGAGGGCAUUUACAGGAAGUCAGGCUCAACCAGUAAGAUAAAGGAGCUCCGACAGGGUCUUGAUACAGAUAUUGACAAUGUGAAUCUAGAUGACUACAAUAUUCAUGUCAUUGCCAGUGUGUUCAAACAGUGGCUGAGAGAUUUGCCCAAUCCCCUCAUGACCUUCGAACUCUACGAGGAAUUUCUGCGAGCUAUGGGCCUGCAGGAGAGGAAGGAGACCAUCCGAGGCGUGUACUCUGUCAUUGAUCAGCUCUCUCGCACCCACCUCAGUACCCUGGAACGCCUCAUCUUUCACCUUGUGAGGAUUGCCCUGCAGGAAGAGACCAAUCGAAUGUCAGCUAAUGCCCUGGCCAUUGUGUUUGCUCCCUGUAUUCUCCGCUGUCCUGACACAACUGACCCACUGCAGAGCGUUCAGGACAUCAGUAAAACAAUCACCUGUGUGGAGUUGAUUGUCAUAGAGCAGAUGAAUAAAUACAGGGCUCGUCUCAAGGACAUCAACAGCCUGGAGUUUGCUGAGAACAAAGCAAAAAGCAGGCCGUCUUUGAUCCGCAGAUCAAUGACUCAGGAAACUUUUCAUCAGUUUGGAUCUCUGAUUGGAGCAAUAGCACCAUACAGCUGUGAUUCACUGGCCACGUCUCGUCAGUGGGUGUUUGACUGUAUCAGCUGCCUUCUCUGUAUACAAGGCCAGCCCAUGAACCUGGGGUCAGCGGAAGAGGAGCUGAGAUGUCUCCAUGAAGAACUAACAGCAGCUCCGGACCCCGAGGCUCUGUUUCAGGCAUCUUCCAAAAUGGCCAGGGUUGUUAGUGAGUACUUUCCCCCAGAACAGGCCACAGCCUUUAUUGAGGCCACAGUGGAAAGUAUGCUGUCUGCCAGCCCCACCUGUGCCACAGCAGCUGGACUGUGGAUGAAGGUUAUACUGAAGGAGUGUGGAGAUGCCAUGCUUGAUAAGGUGCCAGCUAUUGUGGAUAUAAUAUAUAGCCACAUGGCUACUAUCCAGGAGGGCAGCUUGAGGCAAUUCCUGCUGGAGGCAGUGUCUAUUUUAGCUCACCAUCACCUAGAGGCAGUGAUCUCCAGUCUACUCAGCAACCAUCUGCCAAUGGACAGUGACACCAGUGAGCUGUGGAGAUCUCUAGGGGGAGACCCCUUGCUUGCCACUCAGGUCCUACAGGUCCUAAUAGAAAAAAUAAAGACGUCAACAAGCCAAGAAGAAAGCAUCACCUCAGAGACUGAAACUGACAGGCAUUUGGCAGCUGCUGAACCUCUCUCAGCAACAUGUGCCAUCUUUGAGGUGGUGUCAGCACAGCAGUCGAGCAAAGCUGUGCAGGAGCUGCUCCCAGAGUUGUUUCCUGUUCUCCUGCAGCAGGUCAGCCGAACCUCAGGACAAAAGAUGCCUUUGCCAAGGAUAAGAAGCCGGAGCCUAUCCCAAAAAGACCAACAACAUACUGAGGGCAACCCUUGCCGGUUUUCUGUCCAAGCAUUAGAAUCUGUGCUUUCUAAAGCUGGGAAUGAGAGACUGGUGAGAGUGCUCAGGACGCAGAAAACAUGGAUUCUGCUUGAAAACCCCCAGACUCACCAUGAGGGAGUGUGUCUGCUGGUGAGUGUUCUGCUAAGAUUUGGACUAAUAACGCUUGAGAUCAUCCAGAGCCUCCUCCCCUGGGUGAAUUCCCCAAUGGAAAACUUCCGAGUCACCGGCACAGCUUUCCUUGCUCAGCUAAUGACUGAUCCCAUGCUCAGGGAGAAGAAGUUGCUUAAGAGUGUCUUGCGCAUCUUGGAAGAAAGGUCACAGGAUAGGAACAGCAUUGUCCGUCAGAUGGCUGUAAGAGGCCUGGGAAAUAUAGUCGAUGGGGCGCCUGUGAAGGUGAAAAAAUACAAGAAGUUUCUUCUGGACAUACUGAUCGGGGCCUUACAUGAUAUUUUCAGUUCUGAAGUGAUUGGUGAGAGCAUGAAAGCACUGGCCAAAGUCCUGAAGGAGCUGAAAGAGAAGGACAUUGGUUCUUCCUUCAAAGACCUCACACAACAGAUCCGGACCUACUUUGACGAUGAGGACGAUGCUCUUCGCUCAGUGGCCUUUGUCCUAUUUGGCAUCCUGGCUCGGUUGACAAAGAAAAAACGGAAGGCCUAUUUCGCUGAGCAGGUUCGAAAGAGCUGGGUCACACUUCUGCUGCACCUGCAAGACCCAAGCCCCGAGGUUUCAAUGGAAUGCAGAGCUACGUUUCACCUCUGUUUCCCGUUUUUGGGACUGAAGAGACUCCAACAUGCGAUCAAUAGGCACCUUGGUGGCAGAGCCAAGCUGAAGCCUGAAGAGCUCCAGGUGGACAUUUGCAGACACCUUGCCAAAGAAAAUGCAGAACUGCUGGAGAACUUGUACAGCACCACCAUCGCUUACUUCAGUAGCAGCUGGGAAGGGAUCCGGGCAGUUGCCGCCAAUUUAGCUGGCAUCAUCCUGGAACACACAGACACUCAGCGUAUGAAAUGGCUGGACCUGGAACAUCUGCUGAUGUCUCUCCAGGUCCUAGAGAAAGACCCAAGUCCCACUGUCCAGCUGGUGGCAACUGAGCUCAUAAGUGACAUCUGUCCUGGCCGAGCGCUUGGCGAAUGAAGCAGAACGGAGACCAACAGAACAAGGCGCUCCAGUGGUAUAAGGGCCCUACCAUCAAUCAAAUGUUAACCUCACCCCUUGACCCCGGCAGCAAGAUGUGUCAUUUGACCCCUCUAAGAACUCCUCCCACUUUCCUCUACCAAUCAGGAUGGGUUUCACCCCAAUAGGAAUGCCCCGAGAGAAGACUUGACCAAUCAGGGGGAGUUCCAGGGCAGGUGACGUGUCCUUUGUGUGACCCCUCUAAGAACUCCUCCCAUUGCCAUCUACCGAUCAGGAUGGGUUUCAGCCACUGGGGAUCACUCCAAGAGGAGAUUUGACCAACUGGGGGGAAUUCUGGGGUGGGGUGACCCAUCCGGAAGUGCUUCAUGUGACCCCUCUAGGAACUCCUCUCACCACCCUUUACCAGUUGCGAUGGGUUUCAGCUGCAGAGGACUGCCCCAAGAGGAGAGUUGACCAAAACAAGGUAGGUUCUCGGAAGGGGUGAACCCCCCAGAAGAGGAUCGUGUGACCCUUCUAAGAACUCUUUCCAAUGCCCUCUGCCAAUCAGAGUGCAGCACAUCACUUCAUAAGUCCCAGCGCUGGGCAGAGGAGGCCAUCUCUUACCAAGAAGACGUGUUUUAUGAAUUGUGGAAAGGCUGAGAGGAGACAUGGACUCCUUUACCACUCCCCUGAGAACUUCAGACUUUGUUUUAGCCCUGAGGACCUUUGGGCUUGUAUGGAUAAAGCGCUAUAGCAGUUACAGUUCCGAGGAGGGCCCUUUGACUCGACCAUUGAUAGAUACCUCGGGACCCGACCCCGAACCCUCAUGAAGAACCCCCCCCCCCCCCCAAAGUUGGAAGAUGAUCAUGGCUUGGGGGAGUCACUGGUGGACAAGGUGAACGGGAAAGACGUUGCUCAGGUCGAUGAUGCCUUUCAAGAGGCCUUUAAGAACUUACACAUCGGUAGCCCUGUCGUGCAUCAGCUGUUUUUGCUCCUGUCUGAGAUGCAGAUCUCAAGAGGAAAAUCUGGAAAAGGACAAAAUAGAAGAAUGAACCAGCUCAGAGUCCUUCGUUGUAGGGGUCAUGGCAUCCAUUUUUACAGGUGGCUGUCAAAGGUUGUGUUAAACCAGGCAAUUAAUUAAACUUAUUUAAAUGUGUCCCUGUGACUGUAUCCCCCUCCAUACUUGCGUUAGUAAAAGACGGUACCAGGAACAGUCCUGUCUCCACAGACAGCUCUGUUAAUGAAAAUAUAUUACAUCCCCAGGGAAGCUGGGAGCUUUGGUGGGGGAAUCCUCUUUCUCGAGUGGCCAAAAAGCACAGUAAAACUUUAAAUAGAAGACAGGUAACAGCUUAGCUUUCAGAUCAGAUUUUUUCACUUUACACAAACUGGCUCAAAUACAUUUUAAAAGAAACAAGACCAUUGUUUCAGAUGUGGACGUGCAAUGGCAGGCAGAUUUGGUAGAUGUGCACCGGUUCUCCAAACACAACAGAGGCUUUAAGUACAUCUUAACGGUGAUAGACAUUCUAUCCAAAUAUGCUUGGGCCUUAGGCCUAAAAGACCAGAUGAAUGGUGAGGUAUCCAAGGCCUUUAAAGCUAGUUUUAGCGAAGGCCGGAUGCCUCAAAAAUUACAAACUGAUCGGUGGAAAGAAUUUUUAAACAAACCUUUUAGCGGAUUGUUAAAAUGGCACGGCAUUCACCAUUUUGUUACUAAUAAUGAAGUCAAAGUAGGGGUAGUGGAGCAAUUUAACAGAACUUUAAAAAGAUGUGGAGGAGGUGGAGAUAUUUUACAGCCCAUAACACUUUUUGCUACAUUGACGUGUUAUCUGACUUUAUAAAGAAUGACAACCGGACCUUUCACAGAACUAUACGUACCAGACCUGCUGAUGUUAAUCCUUCACAUUCUCUGAAGAUAUGGAAAACAGUUUAUAGAGAUGGUUUUAAAAUAAAAUCGGUUGUUGCCCCUUUUAGAAAAGGCGACCACGUGAGACUAUCUAAAGUCAAAGGAGCCUUUGAAAAAGGUUAUGAACAGACGUUUACUGAUGACCUAUUUAUAGUGGAUGAAGCCUUAACCAGGAACCAGAGCCCUGUAUACUGAUUAAAAGAUUACAAGGGUGAGACAGUUACUGGAUCUUUUUACCCUGAAGAAUUACAAAAAGUAAACCCCAAACAAGACAGGAUUUACAGGAUUGAAAAAGUUCUAGCGGAUAAAGGAAAAGGGAGAAAAAAGCAGCUACUGGUGAAGUGGUUGAGGGAGGCGAUAAGUUUAACAGCUUGGUGGAAGCUUCUCAACUCGUGACAUUUAGAGACGGAUAAAACAAACAAACAAAGAUUCCUCCUGCAAAGACAGAGAGAGAGAAAAAUGAGCGACAGCGGGUUCUACAUUACGUUGCCCAGCAAUGCCAGCUCUGCAGUUUUUCCUCAGAACACCAGCUUGAACUUUACAAUACGGCUAAUUAAGCCCUAGGAUCUCCGGAGAGCCUGGGAGGUGGGUUAGUGGAAAUACAAUACCCACAUAGCCGGAACACUGUCAACACUGGGGGGG